GCUAGGAAGUUGCACCCGGUCAAGUUGCAGCCUUGUAAGUAACGCCGCGGACCGGGAACGUGGGAGGGGCCACUCCCGGAACGCAGCCUUCUUGUAAGAACCUCCAAGAAAGCAAGAAAAAAAACAGAGGCGCUACCCUGCGCUCCCGGGAGGCCUCUGAAAGCUUCAACUAAAGCAGCACUCCCCUCUCUUACAAUUUCUUUAACUGCAAGAAGCGGAGGACCUGGACACGGACUCGAGGGGCAAGGUGGCGAACCAAGGGUAGGGCGUACCGGGCCCGAGAGGUCUCCCGCAGGUUGCAGAUACGGAGAACUCUCAGCGGCUUCUGAGCACGGAGGGAGCUGUCGCGGGGUCGGGAGGCCGUCCCUCAUCCCUGUCUCCCCAUCUUCCGACGGCCGGCGGGACCAUGUCCAGAGGCCCGAGCUCCGCGGUCCUGCCCAGCGCCCUGGGAUCCCGGAAGCUCACCCCCCGGAGCCUCAGCUGCUUGUCGGACCUGGACGGCGGCGUGGCCCUGGAGCCCCGGCCCUGUAGACCCCCGGGGAGCCCGGGCCGCGCGCCGCCGCCAGCGCCAGCGCCGUCCGGCUGCGACCCCCGCCUGCGGCCCAUCAUCCUGCGGCGGGCGCGCUCACUGCCCAGCUCCCCCGAGCGCCGCCAGAAGGCCGCGGGCGCGCCGGGCGCUGCAUGUCGGCCGGGCUGCAGCCGGCAGCUCCGCGUGCGCUUCGCCGACGCCCUGGGCUUGGAGCUGGCGCAAGUCAAGGUGUUCAACGCGGGAGAUGACCCGUCGGUGCCGCUGCACGUGCUGUCGCGGCUCGCCAUCAACUCUGACCUGUGCUGCAGCAGCCAGGACCUAGAGUUCAUCCUGCAGUGCCUGGUGCCCGAUUUCCCGCCGCCCGUCGAGGCCGCCGACUUUGGCGAGCGCCUGCAGCGCCAGCUUGUGUGCCUGGAGCGUGUCACUUGCUCGGACCUUGGCAUCAGCGGUACGGUGCGCGUGUGCAACGUGGCCUUCGAGAAGCAGGUGGCUGUGCGCUACACUUUCUCAGGCUGGCGCAGUACCCACGAGGCGGUGGCGCGGUGGCGCGGGCCCGCAGGCCCCGAGGGCAAGGAGGACGUCUUCACCUUCGGCUUCCCAGUGCCACCCUUCCUGCUGGAGCUCGGCUCCCGCGUGCACUUCGCGGUGCGCUACCGAGUGGCGGGUACCGAGUACUGGGACAACAACGACCGCCGAGACUACAGCCUCACGUGUCGCAACCACGCGCUUCACAUGCCUCGCGGGGAGUGCGAAGAGAGCUGGAUCCACUUCAUCUGAGUCACGCGAGGACCGGCCACGUGGAGCCUCCACACCUAAGCUGCGCCUCCUGUCAUUUCCCUGCUGGGCUCUCACAUCUAUCCGGUUGUUCUUCACCACUCUGCAAGUCCUCUGACCUAAUUUUCUGUGACAAGGUCCCCUGGCAGCGGCCCAUCCUGUCUUCUACUUGAAACGUCUGAGUCACUUGGUCUAAAAAGUAGCCUCAGGUGGCCAGAAGGCCGAGUUGUGUAAUGAGUUGGGGCAGGGUGGUGGGGUAGGUGCAUGGGAGGGUGGGCCCUCUGGGGAGGCCCAAGCAGCUUGUUUUGCAAAGGCCCAAGUUCUCCUGCUAGGAAAAGCUUUUGCAUGUGCCCUGAAUGUGUCUCUGUAAACAUAGCUGUUAGUUAUUAUUGUGAUGUUGGGACCGUUAGCCCAUAGCGGAUGCCUCCUCAGGAAUAUUCUCGAUUUAAUAAGCUAAAAAAAAAAAAGUUCUGUUGUGUGUUUGUGCCCACAGUAAACAGAAUGUACAGUGUGACCCACAUCAUGGUCCCUCCAGGCAUUCCUGCCCCAGGACAAGGAAAACCUGAGACCACAUCUGAUUGCCAAUGGCUGUCUUCUAACCGUGGGAAACUAUUAAUAGGCAAGAAAUUUCUGCUUUAUCAGUCAUCACACAACCAUUCCUGGGCAUUGAGACUGUCCUGGUUAGGCUGUGUGUCUCCUACUUCAACAGCUAGGGAGGAGGGAAAAGCUUCAAACUUUUAAACUAGCAAAACAGUUAUUUCUCUACAUUCACAAUUCUGAUUUCAUGUUAUUUCUCUGUACAUGUUUGAUCAUUAUCAGGCCAUUCUGUUUAAGUUUUAACCUUCCUAAAUAUUUUAAGAAAUCUUGCCUCAGUUGUUUCAGUUUUCAGGUGACUAGAGAAUUUCAGGCAACAGUGCCCUUUGCAAUUACCUUUUUGAUGAUUAUGGUGACUUUUUAUUUCUUGUUAAGCAUCAGAUGUCAGCAUUCAUCUUUUGGGAGUCCAGUUACAAGGUGGAACUAGAAGGUGUUUUCAGCAAUAGCCAGAGCACUGGAGGAAAAAUAAUUGACAAAUACUUAUACUUUUAAAUUGUUUAGAGCUGUAUUUACAUACAUCAUGUUUUAUCAGGUACCCACCAACUUUAUAUUUUGUGCCUUCAGAUAGAGUUUCUAACAUUUUCUAGUUUGUCAGUUUUAAAAUAUUAAAUUCUUUUAUGUUUUUAAACCAUCAACCAAUAAGUCAAGACCACUGUCCCCUGCUGAAUUAGGCAAUCGCUUAAAACUCCAGAGAACUCCAGGCUGAGGAGUUCUUUUGGUGCUCAACAGUGGUCUGACAACAGGUGCUAGAAUUAAGGUGUAGGGGGAAAAAAAAAGCCAAGAAGGACAAGAUCUCCAAUUUCUGAAGUUUGUUUAUGAUACAGUUGAAACAAGUCUGAUCAAUUUUAUACCUGUCACCAGGAAAUUAACUCUAAAUUUUUGAAUGCUUGUUGGCAUCUGUCAAGUCAAUACUGAAAGGAUGCAUUUCGGCUUUUAAUCAGUUGGUUCUGAUCAUUGCAACCUCUGUGCUCUUAUAAUUCAAAGAACAGGGAUGGCUUUCUUUUGGUAUCUUUUGAUCUAAGAACACUGAAUUUUGACUUAAAAUAUUGUGACUAAAUUGCACAAUCUCUGGCUAUUAGCACUGUUCAACUACAUUGACAUGCAAGAGAGAGAGAAGCCUGGUUACAUUUCCUGCUAUUUAACAAACGGUCCAAUUAGGUCAGCAAGCCUGUUAGGGCCUUGGCUGCUAUGCCCCUGGUCCCCCAACAGAGAGCAAGACAAUUGUCCGGAGAAUGUAGGUAUGAGUUAAGAGCUGCCAGAUUUAUUUUAUUUAAAGUCAUGUAGAGAAUCUCAUAAUCUAUGUGAAAGUCACUUGCCAAAAAGGUUCUGGUCAUGAAAUAUCAAGUAAAUGUUACAUAUUUAAUAUAAGUGAACCUCCUUGUGCCUUUUAAAAACUAUCAACAUUAUGAAAUUUAAAAGCUUAAAUGUAUUUGCCUAGUUGAUAAAGAAGCUGUGGAACAGCUGAAGGAGAACUUUCAGACCCUAAAACAGUUAUACUGCUUAGAUGGUAAAAUUUUCUAGUGGACUGUGCAAUUGCUGGGUUGUCUCCCCAAACAUAUUUUAAUACGUUAUUUAAAAUGAUUUUACCCAAGCCUAAAUAUUAAAGUAUAUAUGCAAAAGUAGCUGUGAGCCAUUCUAUUAUGCUGGAGUACAUUUUUCUUGUGGCCUAAUUACAGAAAACCAAGCUUUAGAAACUUCUUGUUUAAAUCAUUUCACAUGCAAGUCUUAUCCUUUCUACAACACUGAUAAAUGUAGAGCCUUGGCAAAAAUUAAAUAAAUUUUGUCAUUGUGCCUCA